GACAAGCUCACUGCUUGAUUGCAUCACAUCCGAGGGAGAGAACGAGAGGGUGUGUGUUUUUUUCUUAGGAAGGUGAAUCAGGUCUGAAAGAGGAAGCAGGGUGUCAUGAAGGCGUGUUAGCCACCAGUCACAGUGCAGUGAGUCAGUGUCUCUGUCUAGUGCUUCCACGAGGACUCUGGGAAAUGAAUCUUAUACUAUUCCUGCUCUUGGCAUUGACAGCUAGCUGGACUGGACUUGUUCAAUGUGAAGACGAUGAAGAGACAAAGGAAGAUUAUCCCUCUGAAGACUCAGUGUUAGGUCCCAUUUCAGAGGGUAAAGAAGAAAACUCAGAUAAUCACGGGGAUGGCUCUGGAGAUGGCAGGCGCCAAGUUGUAGGUUCCUUGGAUUCAGUCUCCACACCAAGCAGUGACUCAGAUAAUAAUCAGGAAACAGAGCCGACUACUGAGACUAAGAAAGAGACGGAUACAGAGACGGAUACAGAGACAGAUACAGAGACAGAUACAGAGACAAAUACAGAAGCAGACGCAGAGGAUCUCAACCCAGUAAUCAUGAUCAUCAUUCCUCUAGUUCUCACACUCGUCAUCAUCGCUGUAAUCGUGUGUGUAGUAAUGAUCUACCGCAGGAGGAGAAUAAAAGCUGACACAAAAGAAGAUCCUUAUCUGGAUCAUGAAGACCACGAAAAAGUGCCAAUGCCCAUGUUUGACGAUGAUAUCCCAUCAGUAAUGGAGCUGGAAAUGGAAGAUCUAGAAAACUGGAUGGCAAAAGAUGGAGGCAAGAAGGUGGACACUGGCCAAAUAUAAUGAAUAGCAUUUCAGAAGCCUCAUCUGUCCUCAGAUCCAGACACAGUGGACUAUUUUUAGGGAUUUGUCAUUCGGAAAACUUUCCCAGUGCUUUUAGAUUGUUUCAUAAUGCCAUAACUUUAUACAUAUAAUAAUAUAAUAUAAUAUAUAUAUAUGUAUUGCCAUUUGGAUGAGAAAAAGGCAGGUUUGCAGAUCAAAGUUUUUCUGUCUGUUGCACUGAUCAGGAUCCAACAGUUCACUGGAAGCCGAUACGUUCUUCUGUGCUUAUGAUAUUUCAGAUAUUUUCACCACUUUUUGACGGAGCAAGGCCUGCCUCAGAACUUCAGAAACAUUACGAUGCAUUUCAUCACACCAGUUAAUUUAUAAAGACCUUUUAACCUUUGUAAAUAUUAUUACAUUCGCUGCAUUUUUCUUUUAUUUGCAGUAUUGCAAGUUUGUGUUUACAAUUUAUAAUGAAAUGUAAAUCGUUUAAUAUUUUUUUAGGAAUUCACCAAUGCAUUUCCUGCUACGUACUGUAUGUCUUUUUACAUUAAAAGAGGAUUUAUUAUUA